AUGGACUAUUACUUCUGUCCCGCAGAUGAGCUUCGACAGGAACUUCAGCGUCGCGGCUAUGCACCGCACGGAGGGCAGGACGAGUUGAGCGAAAACCUCAAAAAGGAUGACGAGGCUCGAGGCACCGAAGCCACCACCAUCCAGACCUUGGGCAGCGCACACAUGGGACCAAAGUUGAAGCUGAGGAUCGCUGCCAACCCCAACUCGGUGCACCCGAAUCUCCUCGUCGGUGAAAAAAUCACCCAUUGGACGCUCAAUACCUUCUUCCCCACCCUCCAGCUCUUUUUCGAAUCCGGCCUGUCCUGCACUAUCGAGGGCGGCUUCCGCCAGAGCGCAGCCGUGGGCAUAGAGCGCAACCUCCGCUUCCGCCUCACCGAUCUCACACACGAGGAGGAUGGCUUCGUGGUCAAUAGUACCCUCCCGCGCACUCGCACCGGCUCCUCUCGAUCUAUUAAAAUUCUCGAGGCCGUCGUCGCCGAGCGCACCAGCGUAGCCGUCAUGCCCGUCAUAUCACAUUUCAACGGCAUCGGCCCGCCCAACAGGCCACAGAAGACGAUAGGCCUCGAAUCACACCUCGUCAUUGGCCUCCGCCUGGAGGGUAUGCAGAAAAUGGGCUUCAUCUGGGCGCGGAUAGACUCUCCCUCCUCUCCCUGGGGCAACGCGCUCGGCACAUGGGCCGACGUCCGGGUCGUAGGACUGCGAGACGAUGUGCCAGCACCUUUCGUCGGCUUUCCCCAGCGGCAGAUGAAGAUGGGAGCCCAGACCCAUGUGGUCAUGAAGACUAGCAUGAUCACCGGCGAUGACGGCCUCACGAACGGCAAGGCUGAAGACAAGUUUACACAUACCGAGCGUUUUGUUCACUCGCAACAGCGCAUGAAUUCCGAAUCUCCCGCCCCAGGUCAGCGACAAUGGGGGGGCGGCGGCAAGACCUGGGGAGGAGGAGGCAAGUUUACGAAUCACGAACUCUUUAUGAAUGCCGAGCAACGCAUGAAUUCACCUUCGCCAAUGCCCGCCAUCCGGCAUUGGUAG